AUGACAACCUCACUCCCCCAAGAACCAAUCUGCCUCCUCCGCCGCCUAAAAGACCUCGCCACCCUCUCGACCUCCUCCGCUCCGUCAAAGAAGUCUUACCCUUCCAUCAAAAGCAUCCCGCGCACAUCCUCCUCCCGCCUCGCGGCAGCGGCAGCUUCCCCAGACUCACCCAGCAACGAUGCAUCUUCCCACCCCACCGCCGUCGCCAUCGCCGCAGAACAGACAUCAGUCCUCUACCUAGCCUACGGCUCCAACCUAAGCGCAGAAACCUUCCUAGGCGCCCGCGGCAUCCGCCCAAUCUCCCAAGUAAACGUCUCCGCCCCGGGCCUCUCCCUCGUCUUCGACCUCCCGGGCCUGCCCUACACGGAACCCUGCUUCGCCAACUCGGCGCCCCGGAAGAUCCCCAACCUCCCGGACCCGAGCGAUCCUCCCAAAUUCCCGCCCGUGCCGCCGCUACCGCCUCCGUCCGCCGGUUCGAAGCAGACGAGGAGCGACAACAACACCGCGACGACAGACCUGGGCUGGGACAAGGGCCUCAUCGGCGUAGUCUACGAAGUCACGCCCCAAGACUACGCCACAAUCGUCGCGACGGAGGGAGGCGGCUCCUCCUACAAGGACAUCCUGACCCCCUGCAUCCCGCUCCCGCCCCGCGUCUCCGUCCCCGAGAAGCCGCCCAUCGAUAUCCCCCGCCCGUUCCUCGCGCACACGCUCUUCUCCCCGUCCAUCCCGGACGCCGACCCCGAGGAGCCCGACCACGCCACCUCACCCCAUACCUAUACCACCACCACCGACGACGACGACAAAACCCCAACAGACCCCCGCAAGAAAUGGUACUACCGGUUCCUCCGCCCAACCCGCCGCCCCGACCCCACCUACGCGCAGCCCUCCCCCCGGUACCUGAACCUCAUCACCUCCGGCGCGGCGGAGCACGAGCUGCCCGACGACUACCAGCGCUGGCUCAACUCCCUCGUCCCUUACACCCCGACCUCGCCGCGGCAGAAGCUGGCGCAGUGGCUGCUCAAGGCGCUCUUCCUCCCCGUGUUGCUCGUGUUCUUCGCGCUGAACAAGAAAGUGGCCAACAAGGAGGGGAAAGUGCCCGUUUGGCCUGCUUUUGGGGAUGGGGAGAGGACGCAGGAGGAGGAGGAGGAGGGUGACGAGAAAAGGGGUUGGGUGAGGGCGAGGUCGUGGAGUGGACGUGUUGGGCGUGGUGAUGAGGAGAAGAUGGGAUUACUCGAGAAUAUGGACUGA